CCAUAAAAGCUUGUUCCUGGCCUUGUGGCAGCCACAGCUUCUGUUUACUUCGCCCGUCGCGGUCCUGUUACAUUCGUCCUUGUAUUUUUGUUCAAUUUAAACUAUGUUGAGGUAUUUUUGCUUUUUGGCUGUGAUUUUGGGGGCGAGAUCGGCUUCCGCGCCGUUCCUCACGCCAUGCAAGAAAGGCGACAAAGCCUGCAUCGUCGCUUCAGCGCAAGCCAUGGUGCCCAUCCUCGCGCCCGGCCUCCCGGAGCUGAACGUGCCGUCUCUAGACCCCAUGCUGCUCAAGGUGGUGAAGUCUGAGGAGGCGGGGCUGAGGCUCACGCUGAAGAAUACCACGGUCACCGGCAUGAAGGAUUGCACCAUUGAGGAUGCUAGACUUGAUGCCGAGAGCCUGGACGUGGUAGUUCGCUGUUCCGUGGUGCUGCGCGGCUGGUACAAGCUCCGGGGGACGAUCCUCGUGCUGCCCAUCCGCGGGGAGGGGAAGGACACCAUCAAGAUCCGAGACAUAGUGAUCUCAGCCAAGGCAAAGCUGGCGACUGUGAAGGGAGCCGACGGCCAGGAGCACUGGCACAUCAAGCACUGGGAGCACUCUUUUGACGUUCGAACUAAGACCACCUUUGAUUUUGAUAAUCUCUUCGAUGGCAACAAGAAUCUCUCGGACCCCGUGGACGCGAUCGUGAACGCCAACUGGAAGCUGGUGAUGCUGGAGAUCGCGCCGCCUAUCGUGCGCGCCAUCACCGAGCGCGUUGUGGACGCCGUCGAGGCCUUCUUCGCGGCCGUGCCCUCUAGAGAGCUGCAGAUUGCCUAGUUUACACUCAUGUCUAGUUGAAAUACUUGUAUAAGAUUAGGAUAAAUAGGAUAGCGAAUUGUGAUAAUAAAUUAUUUAAUUUUUAAUA